GUAUAUACAGCUUGGUUGAGACAAGAAGAAGGGUGCGACAGUGGAGAAGACUGGCUUCUGUUUCGGUUUCCACUAUGUAUAUAUAUAGGAGGUAGAGGAAGAAGAAUAAGAACAAGAAGGAUACAGGGACGAUGGGGGAUGCAGUGACAUGGUUUUUGUCUCUGGUUUCCUCGGGGUUGUGCAUGUUCAUGGUGCUGAAGCUUUUGGAUUAUUUAUGGUGGAGGCCAAAGAGACUGGAGCAUCACUUCGCGAGUCAAGGCAUAAGGGGACCCCCUUACCGCUUUUUUGUAGGUUGUGUCAAAGAGAUGGUUGGCUUGAUGUUGGAGGCCUCUUCCAAGCCAAUGGUGCCUCAAACCUCUCAUAAUAUUCUCCCAAGAGUUCUCUCCUUCUACCACCACUGGAAGAAGAUCUAUGGUUCUACGUUCCUGUUGUGGUUUGGGCCGACGGCUCGCAUCACCAUCGUCGACCCGGACCUGAUCCGAGAGAUAUUCUCGACGCGGGCGGAGUUCUUCGAUCGCUACGAAUCCCACCCCCUGGUCCGGCAGCUCGAAGGCGAGGGAUUGGUGAACCUUAGAGGAAAGAAAUGGGCUCAGCACAGGAAGAUCCUUUCUCCAGCAUUUCACAUGGAGAAUAUCAAAUUGCUGAUACCAUUGAUCGGGAAGACGGUACAGGGAAUGGUGGAGAAAUUGCCAGCCUCCGGCGAGGUAGAAAUAGACGUCUCCGAAUGGUUCCAGGAGGUAACCGAGUAUGCGAUCACGAGGACGGCAUUGGGUAGUAGUUACGAUGAUGGCAAGGCCGUCUUCCAAUUGCAGACCAAGCAGAUGGUCUUUGCAGCCGAAGCAUUUCGCAAGGUUUUCAUCCCUGGUUACAGAUUCUUACCCACGAAGAAGAACACGAUGUCGUGGAAACUAGACAAGGAGAUCAGGAGGGGUCUCAUCGCGCUGAUCCGGCGACGAAAAGAGAGCUCGGCUGACGAGAAGCCUGGCGGCCGAUGCGAGAAGGACCUUUUACGGCUGAUGAUCAACGCGAGCGCGUCAUCGCCGGGGGGUAUCACCGCAGGCGACAUGGUGGAGGAGUGCAAGACGUUCUUCUUCGCCGGGAAGCAGACCACGUCGAACCUCCUGACGUGGGCGACGGUGCUGCUCGCCAUGCACCCGGAGUGGCAGGAGCGCGCGCGAGCGGAGGUCCUCAAGGUGUGCGGCUCACGUGACAUCCCCACCCGCGACCACCUGGCCGAGCUCAAGACGCUCGGUCUCAUACUCAACGAGACGUUGCGGUUGUACCCGCCGGCAGUGGCGACCAUACGGCGGGCGAAAGCUGACGUGGAGCUCGGCGGCUACCGGAUACCACGCGGCACCGACUUGCUCAUCCCAAUCAUCGCCAUCCACCACGAUGAAAGACUGUGGGGCCCGGACGUCGCCCGGUUCGAUCCGGGUCGGUUCGCGGAGGGGGUGAGCCGGGCGGCCCUGCGUCCGACCGCAUUCAUACCCUUUGGGCUUGGAGCUCGGACGUGCGUCGGCCAGAACCUGGCCCUGCUCGUGGCCAGGCUCACCCUCGCCAUCAUCCUCCAACGCUCCUCCUUCCGCCUCUCUCCGGCCUACGUUCACGCGCCGACCGUUCUGAUGCUCUUGUAUCCGCAAUACGGUGCACCCAUCCUCUUCCGCCCCCUCCCAUUACAGCCGUCCCUUCAAUCUUGCCACAAUAUCUCGUGAUGGGUCCUACUACGAAAGAUAUUUACUUCAUUGUACUUAGUUUCCUUAAUGUGUCAAGCAGGAAUUUAGUGGAAAAUAUAUAUAUAUAAAAGGCUUUUCGGCGCCACCCCAACUCAUAUUCCACUACUAAGGACGUGUACAAGUUACCUAUGUUACACUUGACAGCGCACCUUAUUAUUGACGCGACA